AUAAUUUUGGAGAAAUUAUUUUGUUUUUAACCAUUCCGACUUGCGAUCACAGCCGUCCCUCGUAAGACUAGAGAGACUGCGCUGACUGGCGAGUGGUUUGAUUGGCCAGUGAGAUCAAACCCUUCUGUAUUCUCCGGCAGAUAAUUCGUCGAUCAUCAACUGAGCGACGACACUCCGACGAGGCAACUACCUUACUGCCAAAUUCAGUUUCGGAAAGUUUUCGUCAGCUUAGGGACUUCGCUGGUUACAUUUUCUUUUGGAGAAAUGGAGGUUGAUGGCUCCGGAACUAGGAAAUUCAACGGAAGCAAUGGCGAUUCACCGAGAGUAGGAGUUUUGUACGACAAGAGGAUGUGCAAGCAUCACACACCUGACGGAGAUUACCAUCCUGAAAAUCCCAAUCGAAUUAGGGCCAUUUGGAACAAAUUACUGAGCGCUGGCAUUCUUCAGAGGUGUGUGGUUUUGAAUGGGAAAGAAGCAGAAGAUAAACAUAUCUUGGCAGUUCACUCCAAAAAUCAUGUUAACUUGAUUAAGAAUAUAAGCUCCAAAGAGUUCGAUUCACGAAGAGAUAAGAUUGCCUCACAACUUAACUCUAUAUACUUCAAUGAAGAGUCAUCCGAAGCUGCUUAUCUGGCUGCUGGCUCUGUCAUAGAUGUUGCUGAAAGAGUAGCUAAAGGAGAUUUGGAUUCCGCCAUUGCCAUUGUGAGGCCGCCGGGUCAUCAUGCUGAACAUGAUGAAGCUAUGGGGUUUUGUUUGUUCAACAAUAUAGCUGUGGCAGCAAGCUUUAUUUUGAAUGAAAGACCAGAUCUGGGGAUUAAGAAAAUUUUAAUUGUUGAUUGGGAUGUUCAUCAUGGCAAUGCAACGCAAAAGAUGUUCUGGGAGGAUCCCCGUGUUUUAUUCUUCUCUGUUCACCGGCACGAAUUUGGAAGUUUUUAUCCAGCCACAGAUGAUGGUUAUUAUACCAUGGUUGGAGAAGGACCCGGAGCAGGAUAUAAUAUAAAUGUCCCUUGGGAGAAUGCACGAUGUGGGGAUGUUGAUUAUCUAGCAGUCUGGGACCAUAUCUUGCUUCCUGUUGCUAAGGAAUAUAAUCCUGAUAUGAUCAUAGUCUCUGCUGGAUUUGAUGCAGCCGUUGGUGAUCCUCUGGGUGGUUGCUGUGUCACACCGUAUGGAUACUCAAUUAUGUUGAAAAAGUUGAUGAAUCUUGCACAAGGAAAGAUUGUACUGGCCCUGGAAGGAGGAUAUAAUCUUGACUCUAUAGCAAGUUCGAUGCUUGCCUGUGCGGAAGUUCUGCUUGAUGGAAGAACUAUGAUUAAGUCUUCAGAGACUUAUCCAUUUGAGUCAACAUGGCGAGUGAUCCAAGCAGUUCGCCAAGAAUUGAGUCCUUUUUGGCCUAUACUUUCAGAGGAAUUACCAGACAAUUUGAUCAGUAGAAAAGUGCCACUCCCGGAGGUAUUGCUUUCAAGCUCUGAUUCGGAUGAUGAAGCUUCUUCCAAUGGUAGAUUAAAAAGUCUCGAGGAAGUUCUUCAGGGUAUCACACUUUCACAAUUAGAAGUUAAGGAAGACGGGCAGGGUCAAGCGGUUAAUGUUACCCACCCUUGGAGAGUGGAGCUAUCAAAAACCGACAUCUGGUAUGCUGCAUUUGGAUCAAAUUUGUGGUGCCCAAGAUUCCUUUGUUAUCUUAUAGGAGGACAGGUUGAGGGUAUGAACAGACCAUGUACAGGUUCAAUGGAUAAGACUGCACCAAAGGAGAUUAUGUGGAAAACUUUUCCUCAUCGGCUAUUUUUCGGUCGCGAGUAUACCAAUACAUGGGGCCAAGGGGGAGUUGCUUUUCUUCAUCCUGAAAGCAACAGCGAGGAGAAAUCUUACUUGUGCUUGUAUAGAAUUACGCUAGAGCAAUUUAACGAUCUUUUAUAUCAAGAAAAUAGUGGUAGUGGUUUCCUUUCUGAUAACCCUUUAUUGGAUAUAGCUAAUCUGAACAAAGUCACAGACAACCCUUCAAACUCUAUUGAGGUUCCAACUGGGGAAGGCUGGUACCACAACCUUGUAUAUUUGGGGAAAGAACACGAUAUUCCAAUACUAACUAUGACAUGUUCACAAUUGGAUGUGGAAGGCUUCAAAUCUGGAAAAAUUCCCAUCUGUGCACCAGCAAAAGAGUACGUCGAUACCCUUGUUAAAGGCCUUGCAGAAGGGCCACUUUCAAAGGAAGAAGCUUUGGUUUAUAUUCAGAAUGCUUCAACUAAACCACUGUAAGCGCAAUCCCCUCGUUUGCAAAACCUUCUUGUUUUAUAUUUAUGGAGUUAGGUUGAGACUUCAAAGAUGAAUUAUGAAUACAUCCCUCGAUAGGAGGGAUAGGAGGGACCUUUAGAACGAUGUUAUUGAAACAGAUUUGUCAUGUAUUUAUGGAGUUGAGACAUAUGAUGUAUUAUGCAUACAGGACCUCUUAGAACUACCUUAUUUGAUCAAGAAGAUUUAUUUUGUUGGUCGUACAACUGUGUUGUUGAGUUCCAAAGAAACUGAACUCUAUAUAGCAUAAACUUUGG